AUGAGUGGCGAAAAUAAGGCAUUCUUCUACGGGACUCUGAUGGCCCCAGAGGUCUUUUUCAGCGUUUGCUAUGGUGAAAAAGAGCCGCCUCAGGCAAUCCAAGACCUCCACACAUUCACUCCAGCCAUCCUAGAUGGUUACUGCCGUCACAGAGUCCAAUAUGCAGACUAUCCAGCCAUUGUUGCCGAGGAAGGCCACUGCGUGCGAGGCAUGUAUGCGACAGGAUUAACGGAGGCCAAUCUGCAAAAACUGGACAUGUUUGAGGGAAACGAGUAUAAGCGGAUCAACACCAAGGUGAAGCUGCUGAAGCUGGAGGGCGAAAAGGAAGUUGAGGGAGACUUGAAGGAGGCGUCCGUUUACGUCUUUCUCAACGCCGAUGAUCUUGAGAAACGCGAAUGGGACUUUGAAGAGUUCCGCCAACAGAAAAUGCAGAUGUGGACGCGAGGUGACUGGGCAUUUACAGAUGGUGACCAGCCGGCCCAGGUUGAGGGCGCUUAA